GUAUGUAGCACUAAGCGUUUGGGCAACGAGUAAUCGAGUAAAAGAAAAUGAAGUCCAAGUGAAUCAUAGUGGACUUUGUUCAAGAAAGAAAUUUUGUAAUUGUUUAUUGGUGUUUUCAUCUUAUUGAGAAUGACAACAACAAAAUCGUAGUUGAAAGUUUCUUGUUUGGAAUGCUCUACUGUUUGUGAUACUGAUAAGACUAACGUUAGCUAGUUCAAGUGGGAAGCUUUGGUGUGGUGACUUGACUACUACUUAUGCUUGCCAUAAAAAAGCUGAUUGUCAUUUAAUCGAUUAUAAGCUACUCACAAUUUGAUGAAUGUCUGAAAGCGAAUACGACUGUGCUGACGAAUAUACCGGCCUGAUGGACGCUCACGUUGCAGCUGAGACUCGCACCAGCAGUGCAUCUCUAGCAACAAAACGAAAAAAGGUUGUUCCAAAAGCGACAAGCAGCAUCGAGCUAGAAAAUGGAGUCCCUGAAGUUCAUAUCGAAGAUGGAAGUGGUAGAACAAGAAGUGAGCAACAACCACCAGGGCCGAAUCCGCCAAGACAUUCAGCAGAUCCUAAUGCUGAAUUUGAUGAAAUGGAAGAAGAGCUGAAAUAUGGAGCUUCUCAUGUUAUAAAAUUGUUCGUUCCUGUUUCCCUGUGUAUGUUAGUUGUUGUAACAACAAUCAGAUCUAUUAAUUUUUAUACUCAACCAGGAACUUAUUUAGUUUAUACACCAUUCCAUGAAGAAACAUUGAAUGCAGGUACCAAAGCUUGGCAGGCUUUAGCCAAUUCAAUGAUAUUAAUGGCGGUUGUCGUUGUUAUGACUGUGAUAUUGAUAGUUCUUUAUAAAUAUAAAUUUUAUAAAACCAUCCAUUGCUGGUUAAUAGCUAGUUCUUUGAUAUUACUAUUUUUGUUCUCAUCAUUAUACUGCGAAGAGGUAUUUAAAGCUUACAACAUACCACUGGAUGUUAUAUCACUAGCUAUUGGUCUAUGGAAUUUUGGUGUUGUUGGCAUGGUGUGCAUUCACUGGCAAGGCCCAUUACCUUUGCAGCAAGCAUACCUCAUAUUUAUAGCUUCUUUAAUGGCUCUUGUAUUCAUCAAAUAUUUACCAGAGUGGACUGCAUGGUCUGUUUUGGCAGUAAUCAGUAUUUGGGAUUUGAUUGCUGUAUUAACACCAAAAGGCCCAUUAAGAAUACUAGUGGAAACUGCACAGGAGAGAAAUGAGUCAAUUUUUCCUGCAUUGAUCUAUUCCUCUACCGUGAUGUAUGCUUUUACAAUGAGUUUUACUGGAUAUGUAGCGGCAGCAACAAUGACGAGCAACGACGGUACUGCAGGUGAAAGUAUUUCAUCACCGGCUAGAAUCCCAACCAAUCAAAAUAAUUCUGUAACCAGUGAUACAGAAGAUGGUGGGUUCACUAGAGAAUGGGUGGAAUCAAACGCUGAUCGAAGUGCGCGUCGAGUUCGAGAAGUCAGAGAAAAUGCACAGGGCCCUCCACGAGGUACAGUUGAAUUUGAUUCAUCACGGAUGACUGAUCAAUCAAUGACGAUACAAGAAGAAAGAGGUAUCAAACUCGGAUUGGGUGAUUUUAUUUUUUAUGGUGUUCUCGUGGGAAAAGCGUCGAGUUAUGGUGAUUGGAACACUACAUUCGCUUGCUUCGUUGCGAUUUUGAUUGGAUUAUGUUUGACAUUGUUGUUACUUGCGAUCUUUAAAAAAGCUCUACCAGCCUUACCUAUUUCAAUAGCAUUUGGCUUGAUAUUUUACUUUACAACCCGUUGUAUUGUUGCUCCAUUUGUAGAUACUCUUGCUAGUAAACAAGCAUUCAUUUAAUGUUUUCUUCAUAUAAUACACUAGUAUUUUUAUUUAUUAAUUGAACAUGUAUGGAAAUUGACAUGAAGUAUUUAAAAGACUUAUAGUAAUGAAUAAUUGACUACAUAUUACAAUAGAAGUUCUCUAAAUUUAGAAGCACCAAAGGAUUUUGUUCUAUUAAACGUAAUGAAAAGACUGUUUUUUCCAUCACGAAAUAUGUAACAUCAAUUCUAGAUUUUUAAAAUAUUGUCUGAAAAUAUGACAAAAUACUUUCAAAAAUCUUUGUAAAACCUAAAUUUGAAUAAAUGUUGGUUGUAGACACUU